GGUGUGUGUCUCUCUCUCAGACCUUCACUCCCGUGUGCACAUGUACUCGGUGUGUGUCUCUCUCUCACACCUUCACUCCCGUGUGCACAUGUACUGUGUGUCUCUCUCUCUCACACCUUCACUCCCGUGUGCACAUGUACUCGGUGUGUCUCUCUCUCUCACCUUCACUCCCGUGUGCACAUGUACUCUGUGUGUCUCUCUCUCAGACCUUCACUCCCGUGUGCACAUGUACUCUGUGUGUCUCUCUCUCUCAGACCUUCACUGCCGUGUGCACAUGUACUCUGUGUGUCUCUCUCUCUCACCUUCACUCCCGUGUGCACAUGUACUCUGUGUGUGUCUCUCUCACACCUUCACUCCCGUGUGCACAUGUACUCUGUGUGUCUCUCUCUCUCAGACCUUCACUGCCGUGUGCACAUGUACUCUGUGUGUCUCUCUCUCUCACCUUCACUCCCGUGUGCACAUGUACUCUGUGUGUGUCUCUCUCACACCUUCACUCCCGUGUGCACAUGUACUCGGUGUGUGUCUCUCUCUCUCAGACCCUCACUCCCGUGUGCACAUGUACUCUGUGUGUGUCUCUCUCUCACCUUCACUCCCGUGUGCACAUGUACUGUGUGUGUGUCUCUCUCACACCUUCACUCCCGUGUGCACAUGUACUCGGUGUGUGUGUCUCUCUCUCAGACCUUCACUCCCGUGUGCACAUGUACUCGGUGUGUGUGUCUCUCUCUCAGACCUUCACUGCCGUGUGCACAUGUACUCUGUGUGUCUCUCUCUCUCACCUUCACUCCCGUGUGCACAUGUACUCUGUGUGUGUCUCUCUCACACCUUCACUCCCGUGUGCACAUGUACUGUGUGUCUCUCUCUCACACCUUCACUCCCGUGUGCACAUGUACUGUGUGUCUCUCUCUCUCUCACACCUUCACUCCCGUGAGCACAUGUACUCUGUGUGUGUCUCUCUCACAACUUCACUCCCGUGUGCACAUGUACUCUGUGUGUCUCUCUCUCACACCUUCACUCCCGUGUGCACAUGUACUGUGUGUCUCUCUCUCACACCCUCACUCCCGUGUGCACAUGUACUCUGUGUGUGUCUCUCUCUCACAGACACACUCCCUAGUGCUCGUUCUAUCACUCUGUCUUUCCUCGCUGCCUCUCUUUCUGUCUGUCUCACACCCUCACUGUCACUCGCACAUCGACACACUCAUAGCUCUCUCUGUCUCUCUUCCAUAUAGACACACUGCCUAGCUCUGUGUCUCUCUCUCACUCUCUCUGUC